AUGUCAGAGAAAUCAGAGGACCUGAAGGGUUUGAUGCCCACAGAAAGGAAGUCCACAUGGAGGACUGCAGAGGAGAGGCGAAUGUCUGACCUCACGUGGGUGUUGCAGUGGCAGGAGCGGAGGCAAGGCAAGAAGAAGCCACCAUUCCAGAAGUGCAAACCCAAAGUGACGACAGACCCUAAAGCAACUGGGAAGGAAGAAAAGAAAGCCAAAGCCAGAAGCAUCCUGAAACAGCAGGAAGGGACCCGCCAGGUGGCAUUCACUGAGCCGGUCUCCUCCAAGGCCUUGGGGCAAAGCCACCAGAGGGACGGAGACCCUGUCAUAUACCAAAUGCUCUAUGGAGUGGAGGCAAAGGGAAAACGCCUCAGCAUGGUCCCCAGCAACUAUGCCAGGGACGGCCACAGGAAAUCUGGUAAGGGAGGCACCUUUGUCCUGGGGGCCGGGAUUGUCCUGCCCACCUGCCCUCCUCUGAGAGGGACUAAAAGCUCACACCACUCUUCGGGUGACGGCAUCCACAUCAACUUGACCAUUGUGGGCACAAGAGCCCCACAAGUCUCUUUAAGGAUCACACUGAAAGCUGGGUGUGACCUGGAUAAGAGACGAGUGGAUGUCAAGGCUUCUCUCACACCCGGUGCUCUCUUCUCAGGAAGCCACCCCUGGUUCCUGAAGCCAUUUGAAAUAGACACAGUCACUCUAGAGCCCACCCAGUGGCCAACGUCAUACCGGCGACAAAGCAUUACAGAACCCACGUUACAGGACAGCCCCUUUGCCCGGCGGAGGUCCACGCUCUUGAGAGACUGGUUAGGCAAGAUAUCAAAGAGCAGCCACGAGCGCAAGCUGAAGAGCCUCAUGGAGAAGGGCACCGAGCCCAAGAUGCAGAUGGUGAACAUGCCGAAGCCAGAAGAGGUGUUGAGGUGCCGAUACCUGAGGUUGUCCAAGAACAACAUUCGAACCUUGCUUAAGCUGUGCAAAGAUGCAGGAAUGAACGUGGACAUCCAUCCCCACAUGGUCGAAGAGAUAGACACUGAGAAGGUAUUUGGCCAAAACCCCAACAUUGCCCUCUAA